AUGCAGCUCUCUGAGCUUAACAGAGAUAGAGACCGUGAUGAAGAAGUAUGGGUCAAACACUAUUCAUCGGAACAUCAGAUACUUCUCGUCGGCGAAGGAGACUUCUCAUUUUCUUCUAGUUUAGCCACUCGCUUCGGCUCUGCUUCCAAUGUCACCGCUUCUUCUCUCGAUUCAUACGGUAACACUUGGUUUGCUUUAAGUUGUGAGAGUUUUCAGGGUCUUUUGACUCUUGAUUUCCUUCUCGCUUGGCGGUGUGUUAGAGCUUUUAUCUCACUUUCAGCAGAAUCGAAAUCGAUUAACAGGAAGUUUUGCAUUGUUCUUGUGGCCAUCUCUGUUUAUAGCUUAUAA